AUGAAUCCAACGGCUGGAUUAAGUUUGGAGGAGAGAAAUUCUUCCAUUUCUUCAGAUCAGUGCUUUGUCUUGCCAGAUCCAAGCUUUAACACAGUAAUGGAUCGUCACACGACGAACCUUGUCACAGCCAUUAUAAACGGCUUAUGUUCACCUUUCGCCGUUGUGGCCAAUUUCCUAGUAGUGUUUGUGAUCGCACGAAACGGCGGCCUUCACUCGCCGUCCAACCUUCUUUUGGCCAGCUUGGCGUCCUCUGACUUCUUGGUCGGUCUUCUGGUACAACCAUGCUACAUUGUGUUCCGCUUACAGGAAAACAUUUUGCAUUUUGUGCCCUGUCUGUUUAGAGUGAUUUAUUCCGAAAGCUUCUGGGUGUGUUAUGGAGUGUCGUUUCUGACACUAAGCGCCAUCAGUUUUGAACGCUAUAUUGCGCUGCGCCUACAUCUUCGCUACAAAGAGCUGGUUACUACACAGCGCGUUUUAAAGCUGGUUGUCAGCCUCUGGGUUUUGGAAAUCACUCUGACUUCCUUGGAAUGGAUCUGGAAAAGUGGGCAUUUGCGGAAAAUUCACGCUUUCCUCUUACUUAUCUGUCUCUUGGCCACCUUUGGCACACAUAUCAAAAUAUUUUGGAUUCUCCGUCGACAUCAGCGUCAAAUAAACAGCUUCAGUCACAUGCCACCAAAGAGGAAUCUUCAGCGCCAAACAAGACUCGCAGUGAAUGUCUCGUACAUCGUUGUAAUCUACAUAACCUGCAACAUCCCAGUAUUACUCAUCAUGGCGUAUCUUUUCGCUGGAGGACAUCUCGACAAUUUUAAUAUUUGCAGCUGGACUGAAACUAUAGCGUUUUUAAAUUCGUCGAUUAAUCCUAUCAUCUGUUGUUGGAGGAACAGAGGGAUACGAAAAGCCGUCUCAGCGAAGAUCGUUUGUUUGAAUAAAACAUUGACUAAAAUGGAACAUGGCAAUACAUCCGUUGCGACGAAGGGAAAUAAAAUGAGAUUGUCAGCUUAUGUCAUCCAGAGGAAAUGAAGGUGAAGAACUCAAUUAAAAAGUUGAGAGAUAUUACGAGUUUUGCAGGGCGUAAUUACAACUUGGAAUGUUUAAGUUAAUUUCGAUCGAGAAUCGUAAAAACAGAACGAAAGUAAUAAAAAAAGUAAUUAGUAAUUAAGUGGUAAUAUUUCAAGGAGCCAAAAUGAAUUCAACCCUUUUGAAACCUAACGCCAAACUGCAAUGUCGUAAAUUUCUUAAGGCACUUACUAGGAUGAAUUUGACCAACAAUCAAAUAUAUCUUGAUUUCGCGCUCAUCUCAUUUAUUCUCGUGACUUUAAUGUUUGAUUAAAGGGUAAUGUAGUAAUGAGAUAUUAUAUGCUUGUCACUCUUAAGGAUUAAACGGUUUAAGAAAGUACGAGAAACGUACUGAAGGGCGGGAAAACGCGAGUGACCAAGUCGCUUUUAGGUUCUUUACGUAAUUGGUCGAGAUAACAGCGUGUGUUUCCUACGCCAAUCAUCGAACGAAAUGGCGUAAAACCUAUGUAAUUGGUGAUUGCAUUUAAUAUUCAGCCGAAAAAAGCUAGAUAUUCUUCAUCUGAUGUUAGAUAAUAUCACAUGAAAUUUAUUUGUGGCGUUUGGAAUCGUGUUAAUGCGCCAAAAAAACUCUCAUUUUCGUGUUUUAUCACCUGUCACGUUUUUAAUCAAUUCUCAACAACACUUUCUGAAAGUACUGCAUAUGCUUGGUUUUCAACAAUAGGCUGAAUCUAAAUUUCACAACUUCCUCUGUCAAGCAUAAAAAACAGUAUUGUAUGACUAGUAUUACUCUUCAGCCUUGAUAUGACAUUAUUCAUCUAUAUAUACUCGAACUCAUUCACGAAGGUACAAUCUUUUUUGUACAAUACAGUCGAACCUCGAUUAUCCGGACAUCGAUUAACCGGACUUUUCGAUUAUCCGGACUUUUUCUCUGGUCCCGCUUUUUUCAUGAAUAUUAAUGACAUUAGAUAUUAAAAACUUUAGGAGGUAAAAAAAUUCAGAUAUUAUGUUAAAAGUCAGGAAAAUUGCGUUUAAAACAGCGCAUUACACGCUCCGCUUUCGAAAGAUCGAGCGCUCGGAGACAAAAAGAGACGAAGUAUUCUAAUGCGUUCAGCUGAAUUUUGAUUUGUUCGGUACUGUUUUUGUUGCUAAGCUGAGCGUGGGUUAUGUGAACACACGAGACGAUCAUAACUCAAAACGACAACGUGUCUACGAAGCGAAAGCGAUCUGUUGAAGCAAACUUUUAGAAUUAAAAAUGUGUUAUCUUUAUUUCUUUUGUUUACAUUGUCUCAUUAAUAUUCAUAUUUACGAUUAUCCGGACUCUCGAUUAUCCGGACUAUUUACCCCAGUCCCACCGAGUCCGGAUAAUCGAGGUUCGACUGUAAUAUAAACUUACCAAACAAUAAGAACACUCCAAAUCUAUAGUAGACUUAAAAGCUUCAGGUUCCCUUUUAAAUAUAGAGUUUCACGCUAAGAACAACUCCUCUUGCCGUCACUGCAAACGAAGUUGUUGUUCAUGUGGUACACUCUUGUAAAUAUGUAUGUAUUUCAGUUCCAAAUUGCAUUGUAUAUAUUUUGCACAAUAUUAUGCAUGGAAAUAAACGAAUGCGUAUUUAAAGAAUACAAAGUAAAUGAAGCAAGCAAUCAAAAGAAGUAAAAAUUGACUCUUAAAUUAAGGCGAGAGUUUAUUGCUUGACGCUAUUUGGUCCAUUGAUCAAACUGAUGACAAAUGUCGAAGCCAAGGUCAUUGGACAGAAUUCUGACAAGUUAGAAGGGAGAAACGUUCUCAUAAGGCUAAAUUUAAUUUGCACCUUUGAAAUUGUGCGUUCAGACCAAUAACUUCUCGAAAUAAAUACACUUCAUAAACUCUAGUACGAGACGAAUUGACUUCGAGUAUGAAAAGAAAAAAAAGAACAAAUUUUAUUCCCUCUUCAGUUCGAAAUUUUACCGAAGAAUUUUCUUUUAGUGAAUGAACAAAAAAAAGAGUUUGGAUGUUAAUUGUAUUUCAAUAUUCGCACCAAAAUUCAUACCAUGGUUUUAAACACUCUCUUAUUUGUUUUGUUGCUGUGCCAUUUAUUUCAGCUGUUCAUUAAAAGAAACAAAGAUUUUAACGCAUAUGCUAAUGCAAGCUUACCAUCGCGGAAAAACAUAUUGAAAUGACGACCGCUGUCAAGAAGUUAAUAACCUGACUUCAAACCUUUUUGUCAGAAAUUUUGGACAUUGAGACAGCAUCUCAAUUUUACGAACAGCAUGCUGGUUUGUCAGUGUGGUAUGGAAAUUACCAUGUCGUUCUAACUUUGAAGCUUAGAUACUGACGCGGAUGAUCCUCAAAUGGGGUUGAAUCAGUCGGAGGAGUGUUUCUUUCUUUUGGAUCCAGAGUUCCAUAAUGUUCAAUACCGCUAUUCCACCAACUUUGCAACGAGUAUCAUCAGCGCCAUAUUUUCUCCCGUUGCUGUCACUGCAAAUUUCGUCGUUCUUUAUGUAAUUUUCCGCGCUGCAUGGCUUCGAGAUCCUUCCAACCUGCUCUUGGCCUGCUUGGCCGCCUGUGAUAUGCUGAUCGGUGUUAUUGUCCAGCCCAGCUAUGUCUCAUUCCGGCUGAGUGAAAACAGAGACCAUUUCGUGCCAUGCUUUGUAAGAAUAAUCUACUCGACGUCAUUUUUUAUCUGUUACGGAGUGUCUUUUCUGACGCUUAAUUCUAUAAGCUGCGAACGCUACAUCGCCUUGACAAUUCAUCUUCGCUACAAAGCCAUCGUUACCAAACGUCGCCUACUACUAGUCGCCGCUGUAAUAUGGGUCUUAAACGCCUCACUGACUUGCCUUCAAUUUGCUGGCAUCAACGACAUCGUGAGAACAAUUCAUUUAACAAUAUGGUUUGUAUGCUUGUUCACUUCAGGUCUACUGCAGUUUAAAAUCGUCGGGAUCGUUCGUAAGCAUCACGAUCAAAUCCGACGACAAGAACACCAGUUUAACUUGAACGCGAAUAGUUACCGACGCCAGUUAAAACUUGCUACCAGUAUAGCUUAUAUCGUAGGGAUUUAUAUUUUUCUUAACCUUCCAGUUCUUGUAGUAACGACCUACCACCAAAUAGUGAGAGGAAAUUUGAGUACCCUGAAUUAUUACAGCUGGGCAGAGACGGUUGCUCUUUUGAAUUCGUCUCUAAAUCCUUUUAUUUGUUGCUGGCGGAGUCGAAAUAUAAGGAAGGCAAUUUUUAAACUCGUGGCAACAUGGAUAACAUGUAAAACUUCCAGCAAGGGAGGAGAUGAAGAUGUUGUCCAUAACGGUGUAAAAAAUUCAAGAAAGUAUGAAUUUGGUUGUCAUCUGAAUAUGAAGCCACUUCGACUUUAAGAGAUCAACUGUGAAUUGGGAAGAUAAACUGCAAAAAAUUCAUAGCGACAUCUUGAAUUGUUUUUAUUCAUACAAAAAAGAAAAAAAGUUCAAAAAGGAACCUCUAAAAUGGUAAAUAUUGCAAAGUGUUAACCGUUUAUGUACAAAGGACAUUCUUUUAAAACAAACAACUCUACUUGUUUAGAUUAAUAUGUUUACUUACACUGACCGGUGUAUUUGUUUAUGGAAUUGAAUUUAGGAAUAAAUUUUGUUUGAAUUUUAUCUCUAGGUUUUUGUUGAACUGAGUGAUUCAAGAUCUCAAAAUGUCCCAUAUUUCAACAUGAUUCGCAGGUCUCUAGAGACAACGGAGCAAAAAAUCUGGCCAUAGAGAGUUUUCCUUCGCCGACGUAAUACGGAACAUGAGAGAAAAAUUUUCAGAGGAUAUGAUAUGGUCAAUUAGAGCCAUUUAUCUCAUUUUCCAUGAAUAAUUUAACAGCUUUCAAUUUUCUUUUUCGAAUUUAUCUUAUGCAAAUAUUUCGAACCUUUUGCUAAAUAAUGGACUACAUUUGGCUUCUUUAUGCUCGAUGCUUUGUUGGGAAAUUUAUCGGAAAUCAAUGCAUAAUUUUAUGGCUACUAUGCAUUGGUAAGUUUCUAGAUGAAUUCGGACCCAAAAACAGAGCCAAAGUCUUUGUCAUGUCUGUAAUUUGGGAUGUAGUGUCUAUAAAAAAACUUGAAGAUGAUUAUUUAGGGAACUUUUCGUCUCCAUUAUCGGACAAAUCGUUAUUCGAGACGAUUAUGACUAUCGAUGGUUCUUGGCAACGUCUGAAUCUUACUAGAGAAACGUCUUUGUCUGAUAAUGUAGUGUUGGACAAAUAUCUGGGAAUUUUUCUCUCCUUUCGACAGGUGCAAAGUUCCCUGAUCCCCUUGCGAAUUAGCUUCACUCUCCAAAGGCAUAUUACUGGGUUAACAGAGGAGUUAAAAAACGCAGCUGUCUCGGCCCAACUGUACAAAUCGUAGGUAUUUAUAUCAAUUUGAACAAUUUGAUGGACGGUAGUGAUGAGAAGGACUGGAAGAUUGAAUGCCAAAUAAACUGCAACAAUGCAUGCGAUGUUUGCUGCAAACUUUACUUGCAUGUGAGUGUGAUUCGGAAGAUAAAUUUCAGGAUAAGAUGAUUGAAGUCUCUUGAUUUGCUGCUGAUGGUAGCGAAUGAUUGGGAGGAUUCUCAACUGGCUUACAACUGCAGCUAUUAAUAAAAGCAACCAUGAGCCAAGAUGAAUGCCUCUGGCCACCUCGGUAUGGGCCCACUGCAGAAGUGUCAGUAAGAUGUUCGCCAACCAAAUGAGAAUUAUAAGCUUAAAGAUUCUUGACAAACGUAUUAGAUGCGAGUACUUUAGCGGAAAUAGCAGUGCAAGGAGUCUUUCCCAGCUAAUGACACAUAAAAUAACAAGAGAAACGCCAUAGCACACGAAAAACCCGGUGGAGUAGAACAACCGUAAAGCGCAUGGGACAAACUUGUGCGGGUUCUCUAUUAAUCUGAAGGCAACGUAACUUGGCUGAACAAGCAAACCAACGAGAAAAUCGGAAGCAGCUAAACAUCCUAGCAACACGUUCAAGGGUGUCCGAAGAGAUAUCUUUCUGCUGAUAACCAGGAUGAUGAGAAAGUUUGCCGCUACACCGAACGGCGACAACACUGCAUUUAUAACACCUGUUACAAGAUUAGUAGUAGAGCGUUCUGCUGCUUUGCCGAAUUCUGGAUCAGGCAAAAUCAACACGCAAAAGUCCUUCCCAAGAGGACGGAAAUCCGAAGAAACCGUUGUUGACGAGGCGUUCGUGAUGUUGGCCAUGUUUUUCUCAGGGACUUGUCAUCAAGCGCUUUUAAAAAAAAUGUUAAAACAGCUGAUUUAGACCAACUUCAAGAAGACUUGCCAUCUUGUCUUCUGAUGUAUUCAUCUACUUCUUACCCAAGGUGUUCAAUAACACUUAGGUAAACAUGUCAUCGGCGUAGCUAACGAAUACUUGCGGGUGAAAAUGACCUGCCGUGCUACUGGUUAUCAAAUGCAAGACUUCUAUUCUAUGGGUAAUUUAAAAUGCUAAAAUUUAAUGAAAAUUUCGUUGUGAAUAUUUUUUUAAAAACUGUCGUGGUGUAAUAAUAAAUAAAAGAACCAUUAUUUAAUAAUCAAGCCCAAGAUACGUGGGUGGUUUGUUUGGUUGGGAUCAAAAGAAAUUUUUUCAUUGAACUUGACAGGCAUUGCUAAAAAUAUUGACAAGCGAGAGAAAUUUUGAUUAUGGAAGGCCUUGAGAAUAAUAAAAUACAUAUAAUAUUCUACACGAAUCACAAAAUUGACAUCCCGGAAAAAAAAAAAAAAAAAAAAAAAAAAAAAAGCAAAAGAAGCAAGGAAUAACUUUGAGGAAUUAUCCUCUCUAAUUCUCAAAGUCGUGAAAUCUCUUGACCAGUUCUAAUGCAUGUUUUAUUUAACACUGCAAAUAAUAAAUAUUUUCCAUAAUUGAGUGGGUUGCUAGAAGUUGGCAAAACAUCGAUACUCAAAGCAGAUCAACAUUUGCGAAGGUUCAAUAUCGUUUAGUAUCGUAUCUACUUUAGUAAAUGGCAUUAAUUUGGGCUAAACAUGAAUCUUAACGGAAAAAGGAAAAUCUAAGCUUAACAGACGGCGAGAAAAAUCCCGUGUAAGCUUACAAAAAUGUUUAACCAACCAUGAAUAACUCCUAUAUGUGAAAUACUUGUAAAGAACUAAAAAACCAAAGAAGGAUUUCUAUCUUAAGCGCGUUACAAAAUUAUUAUUUUCGUAGUUACAAAAUUCAAUACGGAGAAGAUUUUUGAGCAUUGGUUUAUCUUUGAAAAACUCUCAUUUUGAAAAAAUUUGUGUAGCAUCUUCCAGAUGUCUAAGUUCCCAGCACUUGCCACUUUAAUUUAUUGCGUGAAUAACCUGUGUUAACUAAGUAAACAUGUCUAGAGCCGUUCUAUUUAAAUCUGAAGGAAAUUAUUACGAAUAGAAAGGAGUUGCGGCAAAACUUUCUAGUCAACCUUGUGCUUCUCCUCAGGCUUUGCAAAAAUAAAACGUAAUUUUGCGUAAGUAUCCAUGGAAGUCCAUUUGUUGAAUUUUUAUCCAAAGUUUACGUAAAAUUUAUAUCGCUAUUGUGCGUGUUGUUGUAGGAUUGGCCACCUACGCUUUCCCAAGCCCAAAUUAUUUUAAAGUUGCAAUUAUUCAGUGAAUUAAAAUGAGUGGUGUACAAUUUUAGAUAAACUUCCAGUAUACCAGAUUUUACCAAAAGAUUGAACAAAUAUAAAAUUUAGAACUUAAUUUUUUUAAAAAUUACUUUAAAAACCCUAGAUCGAGGAAAAGGACGCAAAAUAUAUUUUUAUAUCUUACGUGUUUACCGAACCCACUAAUGCAUCGUCAUCGUAAGCUAUUGACAGCAAUUACUGCGUUGCCUGUGAGUUGUCGCUCACCGAUUGCCAAAUUUAAGAUCGAAUUAAGAAGUUACCAAAUCCAUUAGGAUUUUCAGUCUUAUUUUUAUCCUAGCUGUUCUUUACUCUUUAUAGGGAAGUACUGCUAAUGAGUGAAAUCUGCCUGGGGAUUUCUGGGCAUUUGUAAAAACUUUCAACAGAUUGGCUAAAUUUUAACCUGGUAUGAAAUUAUUCAAUUGAUCUCUCUUCUCCUAGACGCACAAUGACAGGUGAUGGACGCUUUUCCUAGUAAUUGUUGCUAGUACUUUCCUUUCAUUUGAAAUUUGCGUUAAAAAAAACCUAUGUGAUAGUUUUGAGCCGUGGAGCGGUUAAAGUUCGUAAGCGCCUCACUUCCAUCGACUGCAAAAAAACAAAACGAUAGCUCUCGACACGCCAACACAGUCGACGGGGAGUUAUAUCUGUUGUUAAAUACAAUACCGAUUGGAGAAAUCAUCACUGAAUAAGUCAAAAUCGUUAAAAACACCUGAUAAUUCCAACCUGCAACCGGAAGAGACUUCCUUGAAUUGCAUUGUUUUACCUAAGGAGAGGCAAACAAAACCGUGUGACAUGGAAUUCUCCGCAGCAGAACAAAAUCUCACAACCGUUCUUCCUUCGAUUGGCUCAACCAAAGAUAGUGGUUGCUUUCAUCUUCCAGAUCCAAAGUUUGACGAGUUCUACCAUCGUAGAACCGCUAACCUAGUGACAGCUGCAAUGAACGCGAUUUUAUCGCCGUUUGCUGUGGCAGCUAAUUUCCUGAUAGUUUUCAUUAUCUACAAAACGUCUUCUCUCCAUUCACCAUCGAACUUGCUGCUAGCCUGCCUUUCCAUAUCAGACAUUUUUGUUGGCCUCGUUCUGCAACCCAGUUAUGUUGCGUAUAGACUGCUAGAAAACCAGCAUGGAUUUGUCCCUUGUUCCGUCAGGAUGUUAUACUCAACAGGAUUCUACGUGUGUUAUGGUGUGUCAUUUAUGACGUUAUGCACCAUUGGGUGCGAAAGAUUACUUGCUCUGCUCUACCAUCUCCGAUACCUUCAAAUCGUCAGCCAGGAUCGUGUAAUGAAAGUAGUUUCAUUAUUAUGGUUUGUUAAUAUAUCCUUAACUUUUCUGCAAUGGGCUUAUAACUAUACUUUUCGAACAAUUCAUCUUGGAUUGUGGGUUACAUCCCUUCUCAUCGCGGUUGCCACCCAAUGUAGAAUUAUUCCUAUAAUAAGGCAUCACCAGAGGCAAAUUCGAAAUUUAAACCAGACACAUUGGCGCGGUCGGCAAAUGCAAAUCAAGCUCGCGAUAAACAUUGCAUCCAUAUUAGGGGUAUACUUUGUGCUCAACCUGCCAGUGCUUGUCAUUACCAUAUCUCACCAAGUAGCAUCUAAACAGAUUACUAGCUACAACCUAUACAGUUGGGCUGAGACGGUAGUGUUCAUAAAUUCAUCUGUCAAUCCGCUGGUUUGCCUGUGGAGAGUGAAGUCCAUUCGAAAUGAGAUAACAGGUUUAAGAAUUUGGAAGAGGUUGCAGCUGGCAAGACAUAGAUUCAAAAAAAGACAAGACGCCUGGGGUGAUACCUCUAGAUAA